CAAAUUGUUGUACCUGUAAAAUACAUAUUAUUUAGUGAAAAGACGAACACAGAGACUUCAAAAAAAACUAGUGUAUCGGGUAGAAACCCAAUGUGGAUAUAUUCACACCGUACCAUCAAAAGUUUUAUGGAUAGACCAAGAUUUGCUCAGCAUAAGUUAGAAUGUAUAAAGCUAGCGAGUCAGAUGAGCUUCGCUCAGUAUAUGUUUGAAGUCUCUACGAUGUCUCGUUAUUGAGAUUUCUUGCUGA